AUGAAUGACGACGAGGACGACGACGAUGACGACCCAUUCGACGUUGAAAUGGAAGAUUCAAACCUCUCAUAUCAAGAAGCGGCAAACAAUCUCACAGAGAUGCUCGGUCGUGCUGGGCAGGUCGAUGUACAGGCUUCGAAAUUGUACAUUCCCAGGAGGACUGAGUAUCGAACCGUCGCGACGUACCGGCCGAUUAUAACACAAUCCCCUCUUCACGAUGAGAGAAACGAGCAUAUAUUUUGCCAUUUUGUUGAAAUUACGAGCAACACUAUAUCAAUCUUCGAGAGACAUCACUACAGCCCUAUUGCGGCCCCUGCGAGAACUCUCUGGAAUUUCACAAUGCCGGCUCUGGCGUUGUCGCAUACCGCACUUGCGCAUGCGAUUCUGGCAUUGGGGGCCCUUCAUCUUGCGAAGCUGAAUAACUCGUCAGAAAACCUCGCGAUCAAGCAUUUCACCUGUGCAGUGCGAAGGGUUGGGAGACUGCUGGGGUUACCGAAACGGCGGCACGAAAUAGCAACUCUGGCUACAGUCCUGCUCCUUGGAUACUACGAGGUCGUCUCUGGCGACCAUUCACGGUGGAACCUUCAUUUGUCAGGAGCUACGAGGCUCCUACAGGAGCAUGACUUUGCCGGCUUGACCCGAACGACGAGACGCAUGCGAACUGGUGCAAAGGCACGAAUCAACCAGUGGACUGUUCAAUUUGCGUUGACCGACGAAAACUAUGCGCGUGUAGCUGGUAUUCCUCUUACCCUGCUUGACGACGCUGACUGGGAGGUCGAUCAGACACUCGUUUCCCGACUGACAGGCCUCCGCGUGAACUAUGACCAACAAUUCCAGCCAAGCUUCGGCUCGCGGCCUGCCAUGCCGGACCUGAGCGAGAAAGAUGUUGAAGAUUUCAAGGCCAAACUGGACUUGAGGUGGUGGUACUGCAAGCAAGACGUUUUCCAGAGCAUGGUAUCCGGCGACCGGCCGCUUAUGGCCUACCAGGAAUGGAUCUACUGUCCCCCUAGAGGUCAAAUUGGACGGGCGGACAAUCCAUAUGCGACCCUGGAUCACUUGCUACUGGUCAUGGCACGCCUAACUGAUUUCGGAGGCAAAGAUCGUCUGCGCAAGCAACGGGUGGUGGCUAUGCAGGGAGGGCAAUGGAGGCCCCCGAAAUGGCUGUUUGGACCUCAAGGACAACCUGGUCCAUCGGGACGGAAGGACGGUCCUGCUCAUCCAAAGCAGGCUUCGGAAUCACCUCCUGAGAAGGCUUCUGCAGCCACCAAGCUGACCGGUGCUCCGGCCCAGGCGGGAGCAAGACCUUCCCCUGCCCCCAGCGCCAACGAAGGGAGGGUGAGGCAGAGUAAACCCGGCUUACCGGGUGGUUCUGGUCCUGGACCGGGGGCUGGUCCUCCUAUGCUUGGGAUGCUCCCGCCUGCGACCGAGCCACUGCAGCUGGAUUCUGCUUUUCGGUCUAUGGACGCCAACAUCAAAGACUCGGCGUUUGCGUUCAAAAGAGAGCGGAAGGAGAGCACGCCGCCUAGCAAUCUCGAGGACGAUACAGCCAAGGCAUUUGCAGAGUAUAACGAGAUAGGCAAAGCCUUUGAUACCUUCGCAGAAAACCUGGGCACAGACUUUGAGCCUCUCAAACAAACCGGGCCCCCGGUCGGUACGCCUUUUGGACCAGCACUCAUCUACAAAAAUGGCGCAGUGGCGUGUAUAUGGGCAUGCUACUACGUUGGGCGCAUCUUAUGGCAGCGCCUUCACCCCGAGAUGCCGCCUGCAGCAGUGGUUGCUGCUGGCGUCACGGCGCACCUCACUCGGGAGUAUACGCAGAUGGUCGGCCAGAUCUGCGCAGGGCUGUACUCAAGACAGCUCUAUGGCCAGAGCGGAGCCCUGGACCCAAGUUUCGCAGGCUACCUCAUGGAGAGUACCUUCUUCCUGUUGUUUGCAGCCAUCCAGUAUACAGACGCUGUGCAGCGAGGGUGGACAAUAAGCAAACUUAAAGACGUCGAACGCAGAUGUGGAUGGCGUACAUCAGGCGCCAUCGCUGGCGCUUGCGAGACUGCCUGGGAACGAAUGGCGCAAGCAGGACGAGGCCCUCCCUACGAGCGAACUCUGGCUGCUCACGACGAGGACAUCCGCAUGAGCAAGACAUCGGCAAAGUCAUCUCCAUCAAGUGGAGGACCUUCAGAUGCCGCCGUCGAACAGCAUGAGUCGGAAUUCGUGAACCACGAUCGCAGCCUCAUUGAUCGGUCCAGCUCGACCCGUGUGCAUUGGGCGCUGGGCUUGCUUUCGGUCGAAGAAGACAUCCAGAAGAUGGCGCUGGAGGACAACUAG